UCAGGCAGCUCUGGCAUUGGUUUCUAUUGAUGAAUCUGGGAAACUGGAUGGGACAGAAGUCCUGAAGAUUUUGUCCAAUGCUCCACAGUUUUCUAAGCUCAGAGCACUUCAAAAUGCCAUGAAGGUUGUUGAAAACAUAAAACUUGAGAAGAUGUCUGUUAAUGACCUGGCGAAAACUCUGGAGAAUAUGGGGGUGCGCUUACCUAAUACAAUCUUCAAUGAGCUAGUCAAAGCAGCCAAAACUGAUGCAAAUGGCAAAAUCGAUUUCAAAGACUUUUUGUUAGCACUGGGUGAAACAGAGGAUUUUGCUGAACUGGAAGCUUUGCAACGUGCCAUCACCUCCAUGGAUGCAACAUGUGGCAGCCAACUGCAUAUUAAUGAACUGCAUAUUGCCCUGGAUAAUUUGGGGAUCCAUUUAUCAAACGAUGAGUUCCAGGAAGUGCUCCAUGCUAUUAACAUGAAAGCUGAUGGGACUGUAAAUCUGAAGGACUUUCUGGUGACUCUUUCCAAGAUGAAGCGCUUCACAGACUCAGAGUCACUUCACUCUAAUGUUUGUGCCUUCUGCAAGAUCAAGGGAGAAAAAGUUGAUGUUGGAGAACUAGAGUCCAUGUUGAAUCGUCUUGGUAUAGAUCUAAAUAAAAGGGAGUUCCAGAAGGCCUUGAAAGGCACCUCUGUUGAUGAAAAUGGGAAAGUGAGUUUCAAAGAAUUUCUGGUCAAUGUGAUGGACAAUGAACGCUUCUCUGAAUCCUCAGCACUUCAUAAUGUCUACAGUCUCAUCAACAUCGUAGAUAAUGAUAAAGUUGAGGUUUCUCAGAUGAAAGAUGUGCUGGAUGCCAUUGGCGUCACAUUAUCCAAGAAGGAAAUGAAGGAGGUGCAAAAGAACAUACCUGUGGACAGUGCUGGGAAGGUGACUCUGAAGGAUUUCAUGAACAUUUUACCCCACACAAGGCAAUUCUCCACAGCUGUAGAGAUGGAAGAAGCCAUGAAAACAAUGAACAGCAUCAAACAAGACAAGGCAAACAUUGAAGACCUGGAGACCAUCACACGCAGAAUGGAUCUCCAUUUGUCUCCAGAUGAAAUUCAACAGGCGUUGAAGUAUGUUUCUAAGAAUGAGGAUGACACAAUAAGUGUGAAAGAUUUCAUGUUUGGCUUGACCAAUACCCAACGGUUUUCCAAAAAUGAAAGAGCCCAAAGUGAUACAGUUGCUGUGGAGGAUGUCAGUUCCCUUUUGUCCAGCAUGGGGAUCCAGUUAACCAAAGAGCAACUCGAAGAUUCUUUGAAGCAUGUGAAGGUGGAUGAAAAUGGGAAAGUGAACAUUGCUGAACUAUUGAAAAGUGUAGAGAUGACCCAACCUGAAGCUGACAUGGAUAAGGUACAUGUCCAAGACCUGGAUGCUAUUCUGACCAAGAUGGGCAUUUACCUAAUUGAAGAUGAAGUCCAGAAAGCUUUGAAAUAUGCACAUAUAGAUGAGCAUGGAAGGAUUAACCUCAAUGACUUCUUGAAUGGGAUGAGGAAGUCUGUACAGCUAAUAGUAGGUGCAGAAGGAAAAGUGAUUGAGAUAGGUGACUUGAAUUCAUCCCUAGCCCAGAUGGGCAUCCACCUAACAGAGGAGGAAAUGCAAGACGCUUUGAAACAUGUAGUUUUUGACAUUGAUGGCAGAGUGAACUUGAAGGAUGUACUGGAGAGUGUCAUGUUCAUGCAGAGACCUUCAAAGCAUGAAAGAGACAAAGUCAGUAUAGAAGACUUGGACAAUAUCCUGGCCAGUGCAGGCAUCCAUCUUAGAGAAAAAGAACUCCAGGAAGCAUUAAAAAAUACAUCAGCGGAUACUAAAGGGAUGGUGAACCUAGGAGAAUUCAUGAAGUGGGUGAGAGUAGUUCUACUACAUCUUCCAUCCUCUGAUGGGUCAGUGAACUUCAGUGAAUUUUCUGAGACAGUUCAAGAAAGCCAAGGGUCAGCCCCAGCUGUUAAUGGGAAGGUGGACUUAGAUGGCCCAAAAGAAGAGAUAACAGAUGAGAAGGUCCCUGAUGUAUUGACAGAUGGAUGGACAAAAGAAAAAAUGGUUGAUAUCGACAGCUUAGAUGCAGUCCUGGAUGAAAUAGGGAUCCAUUUAACCAACAAGCAACUGUAUGAGGCCCUGAAAUAUUCUCCAAUGGAUGCUGAUGGGAAGGUGGAAUUGGAACCAUUUAUGAGAGGUGUCAAUGCGAUCUUAGCAACUCAAAAAAGUGGUAAAAGUGUGGAUGUCAGCAACUUGGAGUCCAUCUUGGCUGACAUGGGGCUUCACUUAACUCAGGAUGAGUUGCAGCAGGCUCUCAGGCAGACAACACUGAAUAAGGAUGGGAGUGUGAAUUUGAAAGACUUCAUGUGGGCCAUCCAGACCCUCCCCAGUAUCCAGAGCAAACAAGUGCAUAUUAAUAACUUGGAUUCUGUUCUGAGUGGUAUGGGGAUCUACUUAAGCCAGGAAGAAUUACAGGAUGCACUGAAGCUGACAAAGAGUAAUGAAAAUGGAAUGGUGAAUUUGAAAGACUUCAUCAGGGCCUGCAAUGCCACUCUAACCCUCUCCAGCAUGGAGGGGAGAUAUCCAGGUAAAAUGUCGAAUGCAAAGCCAUUGAAGUUGCCGAAGGUGCUGGAUAAGUACCGCUGCCCUCCAAAUUCUGGCAGAAUGUUCUCUUCGGUGACUCCCUCUAAGAUGGUCUCAUUCAAAGCAGUUAAAGAGUUGACUAAGCCACAGCUAGAAGCCUUCCGUGAUGCUUAUGAUACCUUCACCAAAGACCUUGAUGGCAAUGUCGAUCUUUCAGCUCUAGAGACCACAGCCCAUAAACUGGGAAUCAACCUAACUGAGGAAGAAGCCUUUGAUGAACUGGUAUAUGCCGACACAGAUGGAGAUGGAAAGGUGAAUUUCACAGAUUUUCUUAAUAUCAUCACAGACAGCAAGCGCUUCAUUCAAGCUGUAGCUCCUAACCAAGGUGAUAUGGAGACUGUUGAUGCCCGAGGGAUUUUGUUGUUUGAGCUCGUGUCAAAGCUGGUAGAGACAUCUAUGCUGUCCAGGAAAACGACUGUGAAUAUUGUCAGCUAUUACCGGAAAAUGUUUCUGGAGGCAACUGGCAAGAAAGCUUGGCGGGCUGAUAGCAUUGAUGAAGGCGCACAGAGAAGACGCCGUGCCAAGAAAAGCAAGGUGGCUAAAGCUCGCUCGACCCCCAUGUCUGCCUUUGCUGGUGCAGCCCGUAUUUGCGUCAUGAAUGACCAAGAGUUGCGAGACUACUUAGAACAGCUCCAAGACACCAUCAAGCCAUCUGAGAGCCCCUAUGCUCAGGUGCCUAUCUUUCCCUUAAUUCCCAACCGGGACAUCAUGCUGAAAGGUAGGCCAAAGAAGGAUCUCCAGAAGCUGGAGGCACAACGAAGGAUGGAACCCCUCGCAUCCUUUGAGGACCAUUUCUUCCGUAAGAAAAGGUGGCUAAAGCAGGAGCCCAAACCCUCCAAACCUCAGAAGCCCUUACUUACUCUCGCACCAGCCCUGACACACAGGCGUUUAACAUUGGACAACUUAGAUGAUAUCCGAAAAGAAGUGAAGAGAGUGACCACUGCCUACCGAAUGUCCAUCGCUCUCCGGGAGCGCAACAAAUCACUCAAGCUCUGGCGCAGAUUACGUGGUGGAGAGAUCGGCUUGGAGACAGGGAACUCCACCUUCUACGAGACCUUCUCCACAUAUUCCUGGUCCUGGAAUGUCUGCCAGGAAUUGCUAACACCACGAGAACUCCAGGAGUACGAUAACAAACUAUAUCAUGGUGCCCAUCGAUUAUCUGUUCCUGCAGAGAAACAAACCAGGGCAACUGUAAGGCAAAAUGGAAGUAAGAAGUAGCUCCAGAUGUUGCUGACCAGAGCACCUCCAUUUGUUCUGUGGAUGUUCCACAGAAC